GUAGAAUCCACACAACAAGUACAAGGGAUCGGUUAUGCACACAUAUGGCGGCGGUAGAUGCUCAGUAAGCGUGGUCAUAAUUCUACGUAAUUUAUAGGUCUGUAAAGACAAUGAACUCCCUAUGUUAUCGUGGUCGUUUGUGCAUAAAAUACGCAGCAACAUGUGAGAUACCAACGUUGUCAUGCAAGAAGGCACCGUGGAUUGUUCCAGUCAGACACAAAACCAGAGUAAAUCCACCAAAAGCAACCAAGAAAGGGCGUUUGUUACUGAAGGAUCAAAAAAGACUUAAAUUGAAAGAGGAAUACAAGAAAGAUCCUCAGAAGAUGUUAAUUGAAACAUUGAAGAAAUCUGGAAUCAAGCCUGGCCGUUCCUACACGGAACGUCAAGUGACAAUUACUUGUACAGGUGACAUCUUUGAGCCAUACGUUCCACCUGAGGGGGAUGGUAAAGCAAUGUCUCUAACAUCAGAGGGAGCAAAGCAGCAAUUAGAGAGGGUGAAAAAUAUUGGUGUGACUCAACUAAACCAGCGUAAGAUUCGCAAGUUUGAGCCAGAAUUUACCACGGCAGAGUUUGCAUGGAAGGCUCAAAAUAUCUUAAUUGAUGCUCAAAAUGCUUUGCAAGAUUUUGACAAGAAUAUCCUUCACAGUCUGGUUACAGAGAAAUCUUUCCCAGAAAUGGUGAAGGGUUUCCGCUACAAGACAAUAAGAUGGAAAUUUCUUGAAUCCAUUGAAAAGCCAAGAGUGGUUCACAUUCGUUGUACAGAUAUGAUUGACAAAGGCAACCUAUACGGUCAAGUCACAGUUAGAAUGCAUACUAAACAGAUACUUGCCAUUUAUGAUCGCUUUGGACGUCUGAUGCUAGGCAGUGAAGAUAUUCCUAAAGAUGUAUUAGAGUACAUUGUUUUUGAGAAGCAUUUAUCAGGAUUAUAUGGAUCAUGGCGUGUUCAUGGCAAAAUCAUACCACAAUGGGCACGAUCAUAUGAACCCAUUGUCAAAACUAUGAUUGUUCCUCAAAAAGAACACUUACAAGACAAUAAAGAUGCAAUACACAGUUGACAUAACUCAUCAGAGCUACCUUGAACUUGUCAACAAAUUUUCACGAAAUGAUGUAAUCACAUUGCUUGAGAAUACUAUCAAUAUUUGUUGUACAAGGGAUUGUGUACAGUUACUAAUCAUACCAUACUUAAUGUGCAGUUGUAUAUUAGGUAACUUUUGUUUUUACCUAUCCAAAAGAAAUAGAAAAGGUGAAGAUGUAUUGAGCGGAUGCAUAUUAUUUUGCUUUUUAUUAGUAUGAGAUAUAUAUAGACAAUUACACUCAGAACAUUCAAUUUUGUCCUCUACUGACAAAAAUGGAUAUCUUAAUAAUGAUAAGGUAUCCUUAAAUUAGUGAAUAAAUAAACACCUCAUUUUGAUAAUGCUCAAUCUUUUAAUUUCCUUUCAUUCUUCUCAGAUACAACUGGACAUUAUCUCUUUAGUGUUACUAAUAAACAAGGUCAUGUUUUGACAUCAAAAGCUCACUUUGGUAUAAAGUUUUGAAAAACAAACAACAUGAUUAUGGUAUAGCCUCCUUUUUAUGUUCCUAUGCUAUGCUCAUUUACAAAACACAAAAUUAAUUGUUCAUAUUGGACUCUAAAAAUAAAGGACAUCAAGACAAAGUCUCCAGUUUGGCAUUUAUUA